CUCCUCGGCCCGCCCCCUGACCUGCAAGCGUGCAGAAGAGGUCAGAGGUCGCGCAGGCGUCAUGGCGGCGCUGUGUAGGUCCCACGCCGGGACUGCUGGGAGCCGUUUCUUGAGAGCGCUUGUCUUCUCCAAGCCUUUGCGAAAUGCAAGCACGGAGAGUGGUUCCGAGAGCGCAACCCACGACUCCUCCGCUCCUCGGGCGCGUUCAGGCGGCUUCGCGAGCGCUCUGGAGCGACACUCGGACUUGCAGCGGAAGGCGGAGCUCCGACUGGAGUCUCCAAAACCUGUGGAGUCCUUCGCCUCCAUGCUGAGACACUCUCCACUGACCCAGCUGGGGCCUGCCAAGGACAAACUGGUCAUCGGGCGCAUCUUCCAUAUCGUGGAGGACGAUCUCUACAUAGAUUUUGGUGGCAAGUUUCACUGUGUGUGUAAAAGACCAGAUGUGGAUGGCGAGAAAUACCAGAGGGGCACCAGGGUCCGGCUGCGUCUCCUGGAUCUUGAGCUGACAUCUAGGUUCCUGGGUGGGACCACAGAUACAACUAUACUGGAGGCUGAUGCAGUUCUCUUAGGACUCCAAGAGAUCAGGGACUCAAAAUCAAGAGAGGAGCAACCCAGCAAGUAAUGGACUGCGCUUGCUGUAUUUGAACCCAUUUUGAGCCCAGAAAACUAUAAAUAAAUAAAUAAUUGAAUAAAUUUAUAAUAAAUGAAAAGUAAUCCUGUUC